AGUGCUGUUGUAACGGCGACUAGUCUGAGCUCAUUCUCUGAUGCUGUAGCGGCACGCGCAUCAGCCGUUGCGUGAGAAUGAUGACGCACUGUAGCGGCAGAGAUGAUCAGCACCGCUGGAUGUGGAUGUGGAUGUGUGGUGGCAUUUGGCUAAGUACGGCAACAAAUACACUCAUGUAGACUGAUGUGAACGUAAUUGCAGCUGUGAAAAUUGAAGAAGAGGAAAUGACAGGAUUCCUAAAUUCCUUCUCAGCGCUUACCGCCUCAACCUGGUGUCACUGAGGAGGGUAACGGUUGCGCGUCGUCCGGGAGAUGGACGGGGGGACUGCGGAAACCGAGGAUGACGGGAGAACCAGCGGGGAAACGGCCGCCGGCCCCUGUCUACAGCUUGACCUGGGGGAAACCGGUGCGUGUAUUUCUAUUUUUUUGGGCGUUGAAAUAAUUUUGUUUCGGACAGCCGCAGGGUCCUAUCAAAUAUGAGGGUUUAUUCAAGCCUGGCUUCCGGUGACAGCAAGAGCAGUGUGGGUAGAAGUUGGACUCAAAGUGGGCAGCAUCUUACCGAGCAUCAUUUCAUUAUACCUCAGCACAGUGACCUAAAAGUCUAGACAGCUUGAGAAAAAUGCCACUACUGCAGGAAAAAACCUGUAGUUAGUGGAACCUAAGCUGUGGAGAUGAAUAAUAAAUUGCUGGGUUAGAUAACAGUGUCAAGAUGCAAGUCAGUGCUGCUCUGUUGUAAUGGCCCAUAAUGUUAGUGGCUCACUGCAGGCUGGCACACACUCAGAUUCACAUACAGCAAGUGGUGUGUACGCACAGCCCAUCUGGAUCUGAUUCAACCACAUAAGGAUGAGUCUAACAUCUUAAUGGCAUGACCGUGAAGCUGUAGGGCCACACACACAUGCAUACACACAAACAACCUUUGUAUGCACAGCAAUACUAUAGUCAACAUGCACUUUGUCCCCUCAGGUGUCAUUUUGCUCUUCUCGUCAACCUCUUUCUGUCCCCAUAGUACUUACCAUGGGUCUCCCCCCCUUCUGGGCCACAUCUAAAGAGUACUUUACAUAAUCUAAUGUGGAAUUAUAUCAUAAACCACACUCUAAUCCCUUGUGGGUAACAAUUCCAAGUGUCUCUGUGCAUGCCAUGGCUACGAAAACAACAACAACACAAUACAACAGAUACAUGUGUGUGAACGUGAGUGACCGUUUAUGAAAUUUAUGUGCACGUUAUAGACAAAGAAGCACUUGAGUGGGUCCUGCAAGUUCUUUUAGCACAUGCAUGCUCAUGUAUAUUUAGCUGCAUAUGAGUACUGAUGAUAAUUGUUAAAUCCAUCAGAUUAAUCUUGUGUGCAAAGAGCCUCAGGGCAUAAAAAUCUGCUCCUGCAUCGAGUGACACAUUAAUGUCACAGCAACAGGCCACUACUUUCUCAGCUAAGAGAGAGAGCAAGAGAUGUAAUCCUCUUUGCUAUGACAUCUACACAAACAGGCCUUAAGGCACAAUUCGCUUACACUUGCACAAAAUGUUUAAUUACGAGACUAUUUGAAUGAGCUUUCUGUGGAUUAACAUUUCGACAGUGUUUUAACUCUCACACAUUUUAACAGAGGUACACACAGGUAGCCUAGCUGUUACAGAGUUUGCAGGAAUUCUGUUUGUUUACAGCUCAGUGGCAUAUUAUUCUGGCCUGACCCUAAUCCCACAGAGACCCAUUGUGUGUGCACGCCUGCCUCAGGAUACUCUUCCUCAUUGUUUCUGCCCGACAGGCUUGAAUAUCAAGUCAAUCGGUAGGUUACAGGUGUGGCCAAACACGGUGUGCUAUCCCUGCACAAAAUAAAAUCAGUUGUAUUAAUGUCCACUUGGAGGGUGAGGUUUUCUGCAAAAUUAUCUUACUGUUAUUUUGUGAAUAAUAUGUAUUAUUCAUUAUGUUAAUUUUGCACAAGUUGUUGAAUUCGAAGUUUGUCAAGCACAAAAAUAGCAUUCAAUCUUUUUUGAGUCAUUUUUUGCUUUAUUUACUCCAUGAGAAAAUAUAUAUGCAAUUUAUAAAUCAUAAGACUGAUGAGGAGAUUACUUUCUUUUAAAGGGAAAUAAGUGAUAGUCAUAGUCAAGUUUUGGAUGCACAUUUUUUCAAGGAUAGAGAAAAAAUAAAAAGCUCAUCUUUAUUGUUCAGUUUUCAACUGUUAGCCUUUUGCUUAUGUGUUUUGUUGCUUGUUUUGAUACAUAAUAGGUCAACUGGGAGAUACUCCAACAGUAAGAAGCUGAAAAGGGGCAUGCUGCCACCUAGCCUUAUGGAGACUAGCACGCUUCUGUCAAUAAUUAGACUUUUUCUUGCAAACCUGGAACAAGGGCAAUAGUCUGAUUAUCACUUAAUAGAUCGAUAGAUAAAUGUGCAUGUAAACGUGCUGAUUUUGUGUCCGUAAAGACUUAAGUGAAGAAGAAUUAAGUGUUGCCAGUGUACUUUGUUGCUUUUAAAGUAAAAACAAAUACCACAGAAUAUAACAAACUGUAUUAAAUGACUGAAAUGAAAGUUGUCUAAGCACAUAGUGAUCAUAUAAAUGGUGUGUGUUAUCAAACUGUGUGCACACACAGAGCCUGGCCACUCCUGACUAUGCUGGUGCCCCAGCUGUGCUACCCCAUUAAAAAAAAAAGUGUAAACACAAGUAGAUUGUAACAUUUCCAACCAAACUGAAGCCCCUAUCACUGUUCCCGUUCAAGUUCACUUCCAUGUGAACAGUAGCUGACUGAUUAAGACCAAUAUUGAGUCACUCUAUUCUCAAGAAUCAAUACACAGCAUGGAAAUAGUUUAGAUAUGUGACAAAAGAUUGAUUAAAAGCCAAAGCACAUUCCGUAUGCAGGCAAUACGGUUUUGAGAUAAAAUACUCAGCAUUCUCUCUAUUAACCCCAGAGCUUCAAGUGUACAAAUGUUGCUGAGCCAAGAGAACAAAAGAGGUUUUAUUUUCUUAAAUUUGAGGAGAAAAGGUUAGGCUAUUUAUUCAAAUGUUUUUCUUCAAUAUGUGUGUAUUAGUAUUGAUUGGAUAAUAUUGAAUGGGAUGAAGCUUAUGCUCUACAACCCUUACGUUUUUGCUGUGAUUGUAGUCAGUUUAUAGCUUGGUUGAUGUUCCGCUGACUGACAAAUGUCGACAACUUUGAAAAUGAUUGCUAUCACAUUUGAUAGAUUCAUCCCCUCUUCCGUCUUUAUCAAGGUUAAAGGGAUAUUCUGGUGUAAAAUUAAUUUAGGGUCAAAUACACCGCAACACCAAGUUAGAUACCUUGUCGAGAGAUGAAUAUUGCCGCCGCUUGCUCCUCUAAAUACCAACUUUAGUUACGACCGCACAAUAGCAUUACACAGCGGUCUGAGGAGCCACAAACAAACCUCAACCAAAAAGCCACUCUAUAGCCACAAAUAAUGUUCAGAACAGCACCUAACUUCAUCAACAGUACAUAUAGGGUCCUAGCCACAGCACUAGCCACCAAACAUCUUUUUAACUUUGCCUAAUUUCUUUAGCAAAGAGACAAAACACAACUCACCUACUCUCUUCCAGCAGCUGCUUGUUUGUAGCGAGACCUCAGGCUGGUCCAUUACGGACUGCUGCGGGGUGACGCAGCUCAAGGAAGAACAUUUAUGAUCACUUCUUCAUGGAAAUACAAUCAGACCAAGAUGCGAAGGCAGAAGAACUACCACGUCUGCAGUGUAAAAUGAUUAUUAUGGUGAUUAUUACUUCAAGGAAAUGAUAAAGAAAUGAUCAUAAAUGUUUUUCCUUGAGCUGCGUCACCCCGCAGCAAUCUGUAAUGGACUGGCCUGAGGCUCCUUGGACUGCUGUGUAUUGCUAUUGUGUGAUCGUUACUAAAGUUGGUAUAACUAGAGAAGCAAGCGGUCGACAACAUUCAUCUCUCGAAGAGGUGUCUAACUCAGUGUUACUGUGUGUUUGACCCUAAAUUAAUUUUACGCUGGAAUAUCCCUUUAACUGCAGGAAUUUAGGAAUCCAAAAUAUAUUCAAAUUAAAACCACUUUCAUUAUAAUUAAUUCAUUAGAAAAUGGUAGUAUGCUGACUUGCCAAAAAUUUUAUAGCAAACAUGCAUAGCUCUAAUGUGUAAGUAGUAUUAACAUGUAGAAUUUUGAUUGCAUGAUUCUUCAACAAUAUUCAUGACCAACCCCAGGGAAUGCCUUGUUAAUAACAUUAUGGAUACUCUUUGUAGUAACUCAUGUUGUGCUUUACUGUGCCCGAGUGAGGGAAGUUUUACAACCCUCUUUGCUGUACAUGGCUUAAAGAUUCAUUAUCCAUGCUUCAUCCGCUGCUCUUCCUUAAUCUUCACUUUCUCAUGACCCGCAAUUUAGCUUGAUGAUGAUUUUAACCAAGUAGUUUGUGGUACUGCUAAGUACUAUAAACCGCCCCCUCUCCCAUUCAUUUCCUUUCUUCUGGCUCUCUGUUUUCCUGUCAUUCACGGACACAAACUGAGUUAGGGUGUUCAUGUCAGUGGAAAAGAAUCCUCAUAAUCCUAACCUGUGAUUGGCUGGUCAUGUGAUCUGGAGACUUUAGCCAAUGGCAGUACUCAGAUUAGAGGGGGAAGACAAUCCGGUACAGAGAUACAACCUUCUCAGUACAAAUCUCACUGAACCAGGAAUAGAAAACAAAGACACUCUGGCAGACUGCUUGAUGUGAAGCUCUCUGGACUAUCAAACUGUUGUUAACCUGUAGGCACUCAAACUUCUGCAGGUGAGUUGACCACCAAAAUAUCUGGGAGAAGUAAUGAAGCUAGAUUAGGAUAAAAGAUGCUGGAUCAGUUGAAAUAGUCAUACCACAGGAUUCAUCUGGGGCAUGUCCAAGGUUUUGAUCAGUGACUUCUUUGAGAUAUAUUACGAUUUUCUACACUUAAAUUUCCACUUUUUGUGCACCUAAAAAUUAUCAAAUGAAGAGCAGAGAUUUCACAAAAUCACUGCGCAUAAACUUUUGAAUUGAAGUGAAUGGCUUGAAGAUUAAAGUGGAUUUAUCUCCAGCUCACAUUUGUUUUGAUGUUGCAGGGUAAAAGUAAAGACCUCAGAUAGGCAAAAUUUGUAAUGCAGGUCUAAAAAGUAAUGUAAAUAUUUGCCAUGAUGAAAGGCUGGCAAAGUUUAGAUUCCUUGCUAAAUAAACAAUUUAAUAAAUGAUAUUUCCAACACUGAAUCUGGACUCUUGUUAUCCUAUUUCUUCCUCACCUUCUCUGUGUGUCUCUAUCCACAGAUCCAGCCAAGAGGGCUCAGAUAACAGAGGUGAGACGCCGCUGCUCCUUGUUCACCUGUCUGACUCACGUGUUGUGUUUCCUAAAGUCAUUGGCAUUGGCUUUCUGCAUGUUUCUGUUUCUUAUGACCUCUAAAGGGACAUUAAACAUUACAAGCAGUAUUCAAAAUGGCACCUCUCACUUUGUAUUCCCUUUUCUCUUCUUUUGACAGAUGCCGUCCCCUUUUGGAUCAGGCCCAGGUCAUGAGAAGAAGAUCGGCCACAGGAGGGUUGAUGCCUCCGGAGAGACAACAUAUAAGAAGGUAUAGUUCUCCUCUUCACUACUUUUGUUUUUUUGCUUUAAAUUAAGUUUGUAAGUUUGGUUAACAUCAGGAUUUCACUAACUACUUGUUCCUGACACCUUUCUCUGAUUUCUCUUUUCUCUGCUUCCAGACUACCUCCUCUGCCUUGCAAGGGGCCAUCCAGCUGGGCAUUGGAUAUACUGUUGGCAACCUCAGCUCCAAACCUGAGAGGGAUGUGCUAAUGCAGGACUUCUAUGUAGUGGAAAGCAUCUUCUUCCCCAGGUGCGUUUGUGUGAGAAGACAUUCAUAUGCAAAUGUGUGUAAUAACAUGCUAUUAUAAUCUGUAAUUAUUCUCCACUCUUUUUAUUGUUAUGUUUCUACAGUGAAGGCAGUAACCUCACUCCAGCCCACCACUACCCAGACUUCAGAUUUAAAACCUAUGCCCCUGUGGCCUUCAGGUACUUCAGAGAGCUGUUUGGCAUCAGACCGGAUGACUACCUGGUGAGAUUUCUUUUCUUUUUGAUACGAGAUGACAGAAUGAGAGUGUUAUGAAAGUGCUGUGAAAGUGGGCUACUUUCCCUGUUAGCUGUGGCAUCAGCAGUACAGCAACCUUUUAUGCAACAAAUAUGUUUAUUUGCUCUACAUAAACCAAAAGUUAAGCAACUACUAGUUAAUCAUAAGCUUUUAAAUAACAAAUCUGUUCAAUAUCUGCUCACUCAAAGUAUUUUUUUUUUCUGGUUGACCAUGAUUCUGGUUCUACUUGGGUUGUCUGCGUGAGAGAUGGAAAUUUCCCCCCUCCAUGGUGAAUUCAUUUAGGGUCUGUAAAUAAAGAUUACAAGGCUGUAACAUAACCUGUAAAUUAUCAUUCGAUGAUCUGUUUGAAAAGUGUUAUAAUUUUAGUUGUGCUAUAGAUGAAAAUUUAAUGGUUGAUAAUGUAAUUGGAACAAAGCUAUGAUGAGAGAAGUUUGUUCUUCAGACAGCUGUUAGAAGCCGAAAGAUAGUAUUUUUUUUUAAUUCCUUGUUUUCAACCAAAAAGGAUCUGAUAAUGAUGUAGCAUGUUACUUUUAGUUUACAUUACAGACAGAAUCUUCCCGCCCCAGCCAAACAUUGGUACAACACAGCACUCUAAUCAGAUUAACCUUCCAGUUUGACUUGCUGCGUCACUACUUCAUUACUUCUAACUGUUACUGAUGAUAUUACUACUGCACUUAACCUUGAACGAGCCUUUUUCAUUCUUCUAUUAAUCUGAUACUUUAAUAUACAGACAGCCUGCUCCACUAUAUUGUCAUAUUGUCAAUGAACCAGAGGUCGUAUGGUAUGGUAUGCAAUUGAACUGUAUCAGAUCGUAUCAGAUCAUAUUGUAUCGUAUCGUACCGUACCGUACCGUAUCACGUCAUAUUGUAUCGUGACAGGCUCGUUGAUGCUCACAAGACUUUAAGAACUAGCCACUAAGAAGAGCGUAUCAUGUAGGUUCCAAAAUUCAACUCUAAGUUUGUGAUGUAAGAGGACAGCUAAUUAAUAAGGAGCUUAAAAAUUACCAUUGUUUGUUCUGCCACUCUUUGAGAGAAAAGAAAAACAACCUUCUCAUGAGUUGUAAGUCCAGAUGUCAAAGGAAGCAAACACCUCAUCACAUUAGAGCUCUGGUCAAGGUGAACAUACCACUCCUACUAUAGAUAAGAUACCUGAGCAUUAAAACAAAGAUAGACAAAAAAUAACAUCCAUCUACAUAUUUAGCAUGUUGGCAGCAUGCCUAGAGUACAUAUACACACACAUGUAUUGACAUAAAGUGUUCUCAGCUUCACGUUUAAGCCUACAGUCUUGCUGUGCCAAAUGGAGAUUAACAGACUAAAUCUUUCUUUUUUAAACUCCAAGCAACUGACAGCAGACAGUCAGAGAGGAGAGGAGAGAGUGUCUGUCUGAGUUUGUGUUCAAGGAGGAGAGGUGGAGCAGGGCGAUAAUUGUAUUGUGCUGAUUUAGAAAGCUGGCAAAUUGAAUUACUUUGUUGUACAAAUUACUUACAAGAACUGGACACUACCUCCUAUUUUACUGAAUUAGUCUCCUAAUGCUAACCCCCCACCAAUAGAACUGUCUUCAUGUCGUUUUAAACUGUGGCCAACUUCAUUGUUUGGAUUGAUUUGCGUCUCUUGCAGUUUAAAGUGGUUGGCCUGAUGUUGACUGAAAAGUAUUCUCACAGCUAAAGUAUUAGCUUCACUGAAUUUACUGAUACUGCAAAAAAGUUUAAAUGUCAUAGUGAACAGUUUAGUGUGAACCCCCAACAGUCUCGAUGUGUGAUUCUUCCCUCCCACACACAGUAUGCCUUUGCACUCAGUAGUGCACUUUAAAGCAAAGUUCCCUUCUUGUUCAGCUGCUGAUGAGCAAUGCCAUGUGAGUGGGUAGAUGUGUGUUUUGGUUGGCUUUUUACAGCUCUGUUGGAUCCAGCAUUAAAAAUGCUGAGCCUCCCUGCAGUACCCAUGAAAUGUUCAACUGCAGAUGAGGGUGAAAUUACAAACUCGGGUGAAACAAACAUCCCACUUAAACUGGCUUUUUGGAGAACUUUACCAGAGGGAUACAAUCCUCUUCUAAAGCUUGCACAGCCGGCUUAAAAGCAGCUGAUCAACAUUUCUAACUGUUGUAUGUUGAAACAGUCUUUUCAGAGAUUGUGGCUCAGAUUUCCAUGUUUUGAGCGAGACAUCAGCUCAACUGUUGAUCUUUUUUGUCUCCCUGUGUCUCUGUCUCCUCUAGUAUUCUCUGUGCAAUGAGCCGCUGAUCGAGUUGACAAAUCCAGGAGCAAGUGGGUCUAUAUUCUACGUAACUCGUGAUGAUGAGUUCAUCAUUAAAACUGUGCAGCACAAAGAGGCAGAGUUUCUCCAGAAACUUCUUCCUGGGUACUACAUGGUAAGUCAAACCAUAGUCAAUAUAUAAGUUCAGUGCAAAGGUGCAACAUCUCUUAGCUUUGGCUCUUAUUAGAAAAAUAAAUUAAAACCCUGUCAAGUUUUUAAGUGUUUCUAUUCAGACCUUUGAGGAGGCGUGUUUAGUAAGACAACGCAUGCCUCAGAGCAGAAACUUCCAGUCACCAUUAUCCUCUUUGCCCUGCCCCCCGUUGUUUGCCCUAGCACCAGUGACGCCAGCAGGUGACUCUGUAAUUGAAUUGAGCAGUGAGGUUGUUCCUGACAGAGACCCAGGCUAAGUACUCCUAACAGGCUAAUCAUGUACACAGCACAGACUCAAGAAUGGGCUGAGGCCUGAGGUGGAGUCACGCUGUCCUGCAGGUGCAUGGAGCUGCAGUGAGGCACACCAGGCCAUAUGAGGGCAAUAUACCCAAUUAAAGGAAGCAUAAUCUGGGUGUAGAAAAAGGCAAACAAGGGGAAGGAUGUCUUUAUUGGUCAUAGGAACGUAUUGAUCAUGUUGAUCAAUGCAUUCUGUCUGAAAGAACAGUUGCACACGCAUUUGAUGCUUUGCAUUUGAUGGCAGAUUUGAGCAAUUCUUCUGUUUUACACAGAGAAGUGGUUCCUCAGGCUCAAUUUUUCUCUUUCAACUUUGCCCUUGUAUGCGAAGAUUACAUCAAGGUCAGCCAAUAACAUGUUUUCUGAGGCAACAGAUCUUAGUUUUAUCUCUUGUCAAAUCCCAACACAGCAGAACUGAUAAGUGCAUUUCCGCAUUAAGAGCUGCUGUGUGCAGUAAUGCUUGAGGCACAGUAGCAAAACUUCAUUGAUUAUUUAAUCUCUAGAAAUCCCAAUAGGAUUGGUCUGGAUCCAAUUUGAAUGAGUGGUACCAAAGAUGGGGUUUCUGAAAAUCCUAAUUUACUCCAUUUAUCUGCCAGAUCACAUCUUUUUCCCCUCAUGCAUGUGCACAAGACAAGACACCGAUCUGCACGUAUGCAUGUGUGAAAUCGAUUGUAUUUAAGAGUUCCUAUUUCACGUCAUGGAGAGAUGGGUGUUGAGGCUGUAAGAGGACAACACAAAGGCUGCCUGAGGUCAAGAAAACGUAAGGUUGUGGUUUACCUUCCUGUCCUCUAGAGUCUCCUGAACACAAUGCCAAAGUCGGAUAAUGAUGUCAGGGAAACAAAGGUUCUCAGCCUCCAAAUCCGCUUCCCUGAGACCACAUUCUGUUUGUCAAUGUCAGUUUGGAUAGCAACAGGCUGACAUUGUGUUCAGUCACACCUGCACAUGGAUCCUGUGUCUCAAAAAGAUAAUCUUUAAAAGCAAAAGUUGAAACGAAUUACAAAGAAUGAGAGCAUACUUAAUAUUGGAAAACAAAAAGAAUGGCAGUUGCUCUUCACUGUACACUACUUAACUCAAGGUUUAAGUAAGAGCUGGUAGACUGCAUGUCUUACUUUGCUUUUGUAUCCAAUGUCAAUAAUUCUCCCUAUCUCUUCCCUUUUGCUUGCUAAAUAAAUCUAGAACCUGAACCAGAAUCCUCGGACUUUGCUGCCAAAGUUUUUUGGCCUCUACUGCGUCCAGUGUGGGGGCAAGAACAUCAGAGUCGUUGUGAUGAACAAUAUUUUACCCCGCUCUGUACGGAUGCACCUGAAGUUUGAUCUAAAGGGAUCCACAUACAAGAGGAGGGCAUCCAAGAAAGAAAAAGAGAAGUCCAAACCCACUUUCAAAGACCUGGACUUUCUGAGUGACGUUCCUGAUGGCCUCACUCUGGACCAGGACACAUACAGUGCUCUGGUCAAAACUCUGCAGAGAGACUGUCUGGUAGGAAAGAGAAUGAGGGUGGAUGAGUUUUUUGUAUAGUUGAACUCUAUAUUUUAUCUUCAUAAUGCAGCACAGCUAAUCAUGACAAAAAUCACUGUUCUCUAAAUAGUUCACUCUGAAAAAAAGAACCUAAAUGAAGAGAAUUAAUUAAUUUAAGAGAGAGAAAUAGGCAGAGAAAUGACUUGUGCAUUUGUAAUAUCACUCUGGCCCGUCCCAGGCUUACAAAUUUCUUUUUAUGUCAGGUUCUGGAAAGUUUUAAGAUCAUGGACUACAGUUUGUUGCUUGGGGUCCACAACAAGUCCCAAGCUGAGCGGGAGCAGCAGUCUCAGGGCUCGCCUGCAGGGGGCGGAGAUGAAACGAAACGUGCAGCUCAGAGAGCUUUAUAUUCCACUGCCAUGGAGUCCAUUCAGGGAGGCUCCACAUGCCGGGACCCUCUGGAACACGAUGACACGUAGGUGACUUUUUGUUGUCUUAACUAAAAUAUCAUAUGAAAUAAACAUAUUAUUAUAAUCUUCUUCUCUCUGUGUUUAGUAUGGGUGGUAUUCCUGCAGUGGGUGGAAAAGGAGAGCGCCUCCUGCUGUUUAUUGGAAUUAUUGACAUCCUACAGUCAUACAGGUGGGCAACCAAAACAACAGAAGUUAGAGAUAAUACACUUGCAUAAAGAAAUAUUUCAAAACUUUAUUUAAAAGGUAGUUGCCUGAGAGUGCUGGGCCCACUCAUGGAGUUAGAUUUCAUUUUUUGCAGAAAUCAUUUUUGAAAAAUGUGGUUACGAUUUAAAAACACAAACAAAACAACAAGUCAAGUAGGCGAUCGCUGUCUCCAGCAUUUGUUAUUAUUUUGUUGUUGGAUAUUUAAAGUGUUAAAAUGUAUUUAACAUAGAAAUUCACAAGUGUUUAUUUUGCUCUCCUCUCAACUUCAGCCUCCAGUCAAAGCUCUAUUUCUUAUUUGGGUAUCAGUUGCACUUAUUGUUUCAGUCUUAAAUACACAAAGACAUUUCAGGACACAUCAAACGACAAAGUUGGAUUUUUGUCUCGCUACCAGGACAGGAAACAAUUAAGUUUGGGCUUACAGUAAUCCUGGCAUUAUGUGUCUGCAAGGAAUAUUAAAAGGCAGAGAGAUCACGGCGGUAAAAUCAAACCCAGACACAUCUGUUUCUGCAUAAGUACAAAUGGAGACACCAAACAGCUGCUGCCAGGAAAAAUAUAGACAAAAUAAAUGUGCAUGGUGCAUGUGCAAAACCCAGACUUUUAGUACAGGUUUUUGAAAUGCAAAACAGAAAUUUAAAGUGGGACUGAUGCAGUCCUGAGUCAUUAGGUAACUUUUAAAAGUCAAGCUGAACAAUUUAAUUGUCUUGUUCGACAGACUGAUCAAGAAACUGGAGCACUCUUGGAAAUCCCUCAUCCAUGACGGGGUGAGUUACAUAACUGUCUGGAUUCAGUAAAAACAACAAAUUUACCAAACUGCAUCCAACUUUUAAGCCCUUGUUUGUGACUGUUGGUAUUUUAUGUAAUAAAUCAAACUAUCAUUAACACGCCUUCUCUCGGCUCUGGCCUUGGUCCUCCACAGGACACCGUAUCAGUCCACAGACCUGGUUUCUACGCUGAGAGAUUUUACAAAUUCUGCAGCGCCAUCGUUUUCAAGAAGAGCUGCUGUACGCUUAUAAUUUUUUUAUGAACCACAUCCUCAAAUCAAUAAAAAUAAUACUUUUUGACUGGAAAGUAUGGACUAACGGUCCCCUGAUUCCACAGCACUGCGAUCAUCUCCAUCAAAAAGAGGACGAGGACCUCUCAUGUCCAAGUCCAGUGCUGGCUCAGUUGGACAGCGCCCCUCAGUGAGUGACGACAGGCAGGAAAACCAGGACAACUUGGAGAACCUAAGAGGAGCUCGCAGCUUCCCCAUGCUGGAGGACAACGGUAGAGCUUUUUUAUCUGUUUUACUUCUGUAGCGAUUGAAAAUGGUACAUAUGCUGCACCAAAGAUAGAGUAAAGAUUCUCACUAUGAGAUGGAUGGAAUGGGAUACUUAAUACCAUUACACCCUUGACUGAGUACUGUAGGACUCUUUGGCGACGUGUCAAUGGCCUUCUUCAAAGCUUAUAAAGGGAUGUUUUGCAGCCUGCUCGAGCUGCUUGAAUGAAACAGUUGAGAACAAAGCGAGUACUAGUGAGUGCUGGUUCUCCCUUAUUCCACUGAGCCUCUCUGAACUUGGCACACUAAUAGCUUCAAUUGUCUGCAGCUGAGCGCGCCAUUUUCCCUUUAAAUGAAAUGAAGUGAGCUUUUAUUGAUCCCCGAGGAGAAGUAGAAGUGCAGCGGCAGUAUAGGAGCAAUAAGCAGCAGCAUCAAAGUAAAAGUUUAACUUUUAACAAAGCAAGGCUUGAUUUUCACACAAUGAAAUGUAACUGGAUGAAGGAGGAGCAUUGUUCACUGCAGCUUUAUUCAUGAAGGUCAAGAAUUCAAUGAAUUGAUUAUUUCUGGUUUUAUUGAAGUAAUUUGUUUCUUUUUAUUGUUCUUGACCACUUUUAUGUUUUUUGUAUUAAUGUUAGGCAAAGAGCCACCCUGCACUCCCCCUUCUUUUGAAGAUGCCACCACAGCUUCUAUUGCAACCACCCUCUCCUCCAAUAACUCCUUACCCACAACCCCUUUCGAUACACCUGAACACCCGCGCUACAGGAGACAAAUGCUUUCCCCAAAUGUGGGCAGGUAAGAAUAACACCAUAAGGAUUUAUUUGUAAUGAUGUUAUUUAAAGAAAAAACUGCCUUUCCUUCCCGUACAUGUAAACUCUGUAUUGUUCUGUGUGCUUUCAGGUCACAGAAAUUUGAUAUUCGUGGGGAAAAGCAGGAAACCAUAACAGUGGAGGUGGAGCUCAGGUACAUACAGAGCAAUGCUAGAGUAGAGGGUGAUUUGUACAACGCUUAUUAGGGCCACAUUAAGAAAAAAAAAAAGUAAGAAGAUAUCGAGAUGAAAAUAGUAACACAGUAAUUACUCACGAGAAUAAAGUCAGAGUAAAGUCCUCAUUUUCUAACCUGUUGCUUAAGAUGACAGUUGUUAAAAUGAGAGCCAUGGAGCAUUUCGUGAAAAUGUACUUCAAUAUGGGUUUCUCAAACAAGGACAUACUUAAUCUUUUGGCACAUCAGCACCACAUUAUCAUAAGUAUCAUAAGGUUUUUAUCAUGACUUUAUUCUCUUUAGUAAUGACUUUAUUCUCAUAAAUUAACGACUUGAAUCUCAAAGUCUUCAUUUUUUCUUUCUUUAUGUGGUCCUUGUACUCCAUUGUAGGUAUGUAACUGCCUGUGUUGCAGUAUUUUAUCAGUAUUUUAGUGAAAAUAUUUUAGAAUUACUAUUGAAGAGUGGUUUUCAAUCAACACUUUUUGGAUUCCUGGCUGUCAAGUCACACGUUUUAAUCAGGCUUCCAACCCUGCCAUCGCACUGAAAUAAUUAUUUUUAAACUAUGAAGUAAAAUAAGGCUCAGUACUAAUGCAGGGAAAGAAUUGGUUUCGGUUUGGUUAGAUCGUGAUGCCACAUUUGUCACUGACCACAGACUAUGCUUGAGAGUUUGGAAAGCAGGGUUGGAUUCACAGUGGCAGUAUUGAAUUGCUUGAGUUGUAUUUAGUUGAUCAGCAGAGCAGAGGAGCAGUAUUGAUUACCAAAGCUAUGAAGAGGAUACUCAGCUGUCACACCUGAGCACAUGUUUAAUGCAAGUCAGUGAUUGAAUGAGCUAAAAUGUAUUUCAGAUUACUUUUACUGAACAGAUUAUUUUUACUGUGCUGAAGAAUCUAAGUACAUUCACACCUUGAGUCCCAGGCGCAAAAAAACUAAAGAGCAAUUAUGUAAUCCCGGGACACUCAUAGACUUUGUUUUGAUUUUUCUAAAAAGUAUCAAAGUAUCUCCAAAAUAGUAUUUUAUCAUCUAAAAAGUAAUGCCAGAAUUAGGUAGCUUGUGUUCCAAAAGACAAAGAAAGACUCAUGCAGGUUUUUAUUUGGGUGGAGUCCUGUAGAGGUCAUUUAACUGAAACAGCCAAACAUCUUUAAAUCCAGGUUCAAAACAUUUCGGUUUCCCUGUGCCUUUGGAUGAACUCUACAACCUGCACUCUAAAUUCAUUGCACUGUAAACUUAAUUUACUGUUAUCACAUGGCACACAUAACUGUUAUGUAAUUCUAAAAUUAUUUUAUUUUUAUUUAUGUUUGACUGAAUCUCCUUAAGUAUGAUAUUAUGUGCUGAGUGUUUGAUUUUUGUGUUAAUAUUAUUAUCUUCUGUCUGUUAGAAAAAUGUGAUCUCAUCCUCGCUUGAAUUCUUGUUCAUGUGAAGCACAAUCAGGUGCCUUUGUGUUUGAAAUGUGUUCGAGGAAACUGCUGUCUGGCCUUACAGAAUCUUUCUAUUUUCUCUUUUCACAGUAAAAUCCCAAAGAGCACGGAGCUCACACAGUUGACAGAGAAGACCUCCCCCAGCCACCUCUCACCUGAUCGUAUCAUCCCUUCAUCCGUCCCUCCCUCUACCGCUCCAACCUCUGCACAUUCUUCCUCCACCCUCCCUCCAUCCUUUAUGUCCUCCUCCCCUGCUGUCCAAUCAGCUGGCCAUUCCUCCGCCACACUCUCUUCAUCAAUUCGCCCCUCCACCAAACCCCUCACCUCUCCUACAGCCGCCCAGUCCUCCUCUCUCUCUUCCCCAACCAGACAAGCCAAGUUUCUCACUCCAGUCCCCAACCCCUCCACCCUUCCUCCUGCAUCGGCAUUUACCCCCAUCUGCCCUGCAUCUCCCCACUCCUCAACCCAGAGCUCCCCUCACCAUCUCCCAUCCACCCCGCCUUCCUCCAACCCCACAAGCCCCCAGAGGCCUCAUCUGGUGCCGGGUACAUCGAGCAAUCAGCUGUCUGUGUCCAGCAGCCACAACUCGCUGGAUGGGGAGGUGCAGGUGUCUGACAUCUACUUUGUAAGUUUCAUCCGUCAUCAGUAAGAUUUUUUGUUUUCUUUUUAUUUUGUGCUGCUGGUUAACAAAAAUGGCUCAGGAAGCUGAUAUACAAUCUGCCAUGAGCCAAAGAGCAGAUAAAUAAGUUUUCUUGUGCAACAAGUGAUGGUUAUCUUAACUUGCUGAACCACUGAUUGAAUGUAUGUGUACGUAUUUUUAAUGGCAGUUAAAGAAGCUUUCUCUGGGGUUGUUUUGAGGGUAAAGAUAUUUUUUCUUCUGUGGGUCUCUUGCAGUGGCACAGUCAGGACAGCGUGGUAGAGUUAUGAUGGUGAGGGGGUGGAGGGUGUGUGUGUUUUGCAGUCUGCACGUACCGUGGGGUUGCUCUCGCUCUCAAAAAAGCUUUUUUUUUUUCUGAAGCACGAUGCUGCCAGCAGAGUCAUAGCUCAUGCUUUUGGAUGAAUCAGCAAAACAAUAGGGUUGUCUAUCCUGCACAGCAUGAAGUACUUACAUCUGUCAAUCUGCAUUCAGGCAUCUUGUCAAUGUCAUACACAUCUCUCCAUAAAUCUGUCCCUCUGGUCAUUUUUUUUUCUGCUGCUCAUAUACCAUGACUUUCUCCUCCAUUAUGUUUUAACACAUCCUUCCUCUUUGUCUUCCUGUGCACUCUUUAUAUGCAUUUGUGUGUUCAUCUGUUUGUGUGUGUGUGUGUGUGUGUGUGUGUGUGUGUGUUCAUCCAUCAGUAUGCAGAUGGCAGAUACUGGGUUUACUCUCCAGUUCUUGGCCGCCGUAAGCUAAACUCUAGCUCAAGUUCCAAUGUAAGUCACUACCUCGAUAGCUAGAGUCAUUUGUUCCACAUCCCAUCCCAUCCUAAUGCUGGUAACUGUCACAACACAGCUGCUUAUGGAUCUUCAGAAGUACUUAAAGCAACGUAAAAGUGCACAUUCACAUUACUUAUUCAGCGGUAAUGUCUGCAGAAAAGCCAUUGAAUUUUAAAAACUGCGGCUUCUGAAGGACCAUUGUGUGUUUUUAGAUUGAGCAUGAAUCUUUUUGUAACCUUUUAGCCAUAAAUAUUAACUUCAAUUUGUUAGAAUCUUGGACCUGCAUCACUUCAAUGUAGCUGAUAUUGUCCAGUUCACUUUUAAUGACGCUCUGUGGUACUUGGCAGUACACAGAAGCUGGCAAUCUGCUGUGAACUGAAAGUGCCCAAAUACUAAGAAAUCUCUCUUCCUGAUGCUUGAAAUAACCUGUUUAUUAAAGCUUUAUCAGAUAUUAUCCAAAGUUACUGAUUAUAUAGUUCUAAAUAUUUCUUUGUGGUGUGGAAUACUUAUGGCUAGUUGUCAAAAAUAGUAGAAAAAUGAGUAAUUCAAUAAGAAAAUACAGUUUAUUAUGAAUAAAACAACAUUCAAAUCAAUGUUAAAUAUUAAAAUUAUGAAACCAUAGAUAGAAGCUAGACUGAAUAGAUUCCCUGUCAGAUCUUGUAGCAGGCAGUUCCCACAUCUAAAAGCUUAAAUAAGCAGCAAUAUGUCAGAGGUUUAGAGCUAAUUUGCUUCUUCGUGACUGUGUGGGUGAGCUUAGAUCUAAUAGGAUGGAAAAUGCUUAUAACAGAGGCAAACAACCCCACCAGAUAGAUAGAGAAAUAGAAACUUUAUCAACUCACGGGGGGAUUCAGAUACAUCCUAUAGCUUAAACGUAAGGAAAAAAAAUCGAUGUCAUUUGCUUAAAAUAGCGGGCAAUAAAAAAUGAAAAAAGAGAAAGAGCUAAAAAAUCAAUAAAUUAUGUAUUUAAGUCCCUGUAGUCAAUAUUCUAGAUUUAUUCGGAAGAGAGAUUUAUACAGAAAAUACAGACAACACAGUAUUCAGCAAGUUUUAUCAAGUCAUAUUGAUUUUCAAACUAUGUAGCACCAUCUCUUUCCAACUGCGUGCUUUUGAAUCGACCACAACGCUUGUAUGUAAAUGUAUGUAUUGCAGUACAGAGCUCCAAACAUGAAACUAUCCUUACAGCAUCAGAGUUUUUUUGUUUUGUUUGAAUUCAUCUUUUUCUCACUCUUCUCUCAUGACUCUCCUCUUGUCUCCAUCCUGUGCUGCUGCCCUCUGCUGGCUGUGUUUGACACCAGCAGAAUCAGGAGGACCGGGGCUGGGUGUGCUCUCCUCUGCACUACAGCUCAGAGUCCAGAAGAGACUCAGAUGGGGAGAGCGAGACAGUGAGUGUACAAUUAAUCAUUUAUAUAAUACAUUCACAGAAAAUACACUCUUUACCCCCGGCUUCUUUUUAUUUUCUUUGGUCUUUCAGUAACUCGUACGGACAGAACAGUGAUGGGUGGAGGCUGUCAACAUAUACGAAAGCUGCCCAGACUGCUUGUGGAAGUGAGCAGCAACAACUCAAAAAAAUUCAGACAUCAAUAAAGCAAAAAUAUAUGCAAAAGAAAACCUGAAAGCAUCAAGUCCUGGACAAUCUGACAUUACGCAACGACAUGAACAGAAAUCACAUGGUACAAUCAGCUGGGAGGCACUGUGAAUAUCUUAGAUGGCUGCUGUUUGAUGGUUUAUUAUAGGAGUCAUGCUGUACUGUGCCCGCUCUGGCUAUGCAAUAUUAAACAUACAAAAACUUAAAUCAUGCAUUUAUUUUUCACUAGGGAUAUGGAAAAGUUGUAUAUAUUUUUAUUUGUAGCACUUUAUACAUGUUUAUGUGGCUGCAGUCUUUUUAAAUCUUAUGAUUUGUAAUUUUGUUAUCUGUUGAUAUUGAAAACACUGUACCGAGGUAACGUGUUCAUUUGUGUGCUGUCAGUGGUGGUCCACAAAACAUCUUAGUUUGUAUGACAAUGGAUGGUUGUGUUCAAAAUGCCUUAUUGAAAAACACAUUUUCAUACCUGUUUUUGAUAUUUCAAUUACAUAUUACCAUGACAACAAGAAAAAAGAAACUCUAAAACCAAACAUACAGUAUUUUAUUUUCCAUAAAUACCAAAUCUUCCAAGCUGAGUUAAAACAGUAAAACACGCGUACAUCAUAUCUUUCCAAGAGAAAAAAAGAGAAACAAAGACAUAAUGAUGAAAUUAUCUUCUGUGUGUAGAUAAACUGUGUAUGUGUGUGCUUCAGCACAUGCAUGUAAGUCUGUUUGUGCCCUUGUGUCUUUGUGUGUGCAUGUGUUUGCAUGCAUAUCGGUGUAUGGUUGGGAGACAUGUAAGUGUAAGUCCUGCUUAUUUGUCAAACUGUCGAAAGGUGCAACUUCCAUUUGUUGUUACGGGCCAUGAAAGUCGGAAGCAGCUAUGAGCAUGUUGGCUGUGCAAGAAAAAUGACUAAUACGGUAGAAAUCUUGACAAUUUAGCUAACUGAAUAUACUGAGCUCAACUGAGAUAACAUGUUUUCUAUUCAGUUCAGUAGGCAAACAUUAAACUACCACACAUGGUUGGUGUUUUCUUCCUUACUUGUUGCAAUAAGAAUGACCAGAAUUAGACUUCCUGACUGUAUCGAUAAGCAGAGCUGUAACAUAUCAUUGUAUUCUUUGAGUCUGCUGAAGUAACCUGCCUCUUUGCAGGCAACAGUGUUUGUAGCUGAUCACUGUGUAAAAGAAAAUAAAGAUUAUAUUGUGUAAUAAAA